AUUCAUUUCAUGAAGUAAGACUUACGAAUACGUCUCUCCCAAACCGAAUAUAUAUAUAUAUAUAUAUAUAUGGCUAGGAUCUAGCAUAAUUAUUGCAUCUUUUUGUUGAUUAGUUUGGGCAUGCUCCCUAUAGAAUAUUAAAGCAAAAGAGGAGACAGAAAAAUGAAGAGGAAGGCAGGAGAAUCAAAACGACAGUAUUAGUGGGGUUUAUCGUGUGGGAGACCAAAUAGUCUAAUACGCAGUGUGUUGUAGAAGCUCUUUUUGGGGGCAUCCGCAUCCACGAGGGGCAUUUUUGCCAUGUAAGAGCAUCUGCAAAGCUUCUUCUGGCUCCUUCCAUACUUCUUCUUUUUUGAUUUCAAACUCCUACGCUUCUUCUUCCUUCUCUCUUUGCCUUCAAGCUUUGAUCAAAUUUCAGAGAGAGAGAGAGAGAGAUGUCCUGCUUACAUGAUCACAGUUGCGAAGAUCACGAUUGUGGGUCUGAUUGGUCUCUCCACAACCAUAUCGAUAAAUCCAAGGUGUCCGCUUUAAAUGAGGCUGUACAUGGAAGUGUGAAGUCAGUUUUUAAAGCUUGGGACCAGCGUCUGAAUUAUUCAGAGGGACAUUUGGAAAGCAAUGAUGGUGAUCCUGAGUUACUUGUUUUCAUCCCAUUUACAUCAGAUGUGAAGAUUAAGAGCAUAUCAGUUAUUGGUGGUGCCGAUGGAACAAGUCCUUCCAAGAUGAGAGCGUUCAUUAAUCGAGAGGGCAUUGAUUUUUCAGAUGCUCAGAGUAUGCUGCCUGUUCAGGAGUGGAAUUUGGCUGAAAAUAUGCAAGGAAUGUUGGAAUAUCAGACAAGAUAUUCUAAAUUUCAAGGUGUAGCAAGUCUCACUUUACAUUUCCCUUUGAAUUUUGGUGCUGAAACAACUCAGAUUAACUACAUUGGUUUAAAGGGCGAAGCCACUCAGUUGAAAAGGGACGUUGUUGCAACAAUUGUUUAUGAAGUUACACCUAAUCCAUCUGACCACAAGGCACAGGCUGAAGGUGGGAGGGGUCUUUCACAUGUGGAAUGAAAAAUAGAGGCUACCCAACUUUAUUGCAUGACGGAAUGUGAUGAGAACUUGUUUUACCUUUACUCCAGACCCAGUAAUCUUGGCACUUUUCCUUCUGCCCUGUUGUUUUUGAUGAAUUUAACCCUUUUUCUAGUCAAAGUUUUAAUUUUGUGCCCGUAUAACUACAAUAAUUUAGAACAGAUGUUACCCUGAUUUAUCUGAAAACAAUGCUCUCUUUGGUGCAAUGAUGAGGUUGGGACCAUAAUGGGCAAGCUAUGUAUUUAGCUUCUAUGCGACUGCUGAAAAGGAAGUGAUUAUUCAAUA